AUGAGCGGCCAGGGAUCUUCAAACCUCGGCGAUGUUGUCGACGUUGGCACUGCUGAUGAGGUGGCUGUGAUCUAUGGCAUCGAAAAAGGGGUCGAGUACGUCGACUCGGACUACACGGACGACACCCAGAGCCUCACGUCGAGCAUACGCCAACACAUCGUGGACGGAGGUCUCCGGUAUCACGCGUAUCACGCUGGACAGUACGCGUUCCCAAACGACGAGAAUGAGCAGCAUCGCGACGAUCUCAAGCACAACUUGACGCUGCAUUUGUGCGAUGGCAAGUACUUUCUGGCGCCGAUUGAAGAAGUACUCAAGAAUGGAGCGCAAGUGCUCGACCUCGGAACGGGCAAUGGAAAGUGGUGCAUAGAGUUGGCAGACAUUUAUCCAAACAGUACGUUUCAGGGAAUGGAUCUGUCACCCAUCCAGCCUGAUUGGGUGCCGCAAAACGUCUCCUUUGUUGUGGAUGACAUUGAGCACACGGCGGGCUGGACAUACGAAGAGAACAUGUUUGACUACAUCCACGUCCGACACAUUGUCCACUCGGUCAGAGACCGGCAAGAACUCUGGCACAGGAUAUACAAACACCUCAAACCCGGCGGCUACGUCGAGAUCCAAGAGUUCGAGUACGUCGCCGCAUGCGACGACUCCUCCUGCGACGGGCCCUACGCCUGGCGCGACUUCCUCGAGAACCUGCGAAAGGGCCUCUCCGCCCUCGGCGGCUCCGACCUUCUCGGUGUGCGGCAGGUGGACGCGGAGCUCGCGCGCGCGGGCUUCCGCGGGCUGGGCUACCGCCAGAAGAAGUGCCCCAACGGGCCGUGGGCGCGCCGGCGGCGGCUGCAGGAGUGCGGCCACAUCCUGCGCGACGUCUGCAUGCAGGGGCUCAUCGGCCUCGCGCGGAGGCCCUUCCGCGAUGGCCUCCAGUGGACGCCCACGCAGACCGAGGUCUUCCUCGUGGACGUGCGGAGGGCGCUGAUGGCGGUCGGGGAGAGCGGCCUGCCGAGGCAUCACUCGUACUUUCCGUUUCACAACUUGUACGCGCAGAAGCCGCUAGAUGCGUGA